UGGACCGGCUGGCAGACAGACACACCGAGGACAGAGCUCCGACCACGGCUCAGCUCUGUGGCCGUGGCAGCACCCACACCGACUGGAAGUCCUCACUUCACCAUCCCAUCUAUUUGCAGCAAGAUGGCUGACGUGGAGCUGGUGAAGAAGAUGCUGCGGGCUGUCCUCCAGGCGAACAAGGGUGGAGUGUCAUUGUCCCGUCUGCAGUCGGAGUAUAAGGAGCUGACUGGGGAUCAGAUACCACAUAAGCAGAUGGGUCACAACAACCUUGAUGCACUUCUAGAGACCAUGCCCUCUGUUGUCCGCAUGGAGCGUAAUCGUUCUGGAGAGAUGAUGUGUUUUCCUUCAUUGGCCAAUGAAACUACCCAUAUAGCCAAAGUGGUGGCUCGCCAACGUAGCUCCAAGAAGACAGGCCGACCCCACCUGGUUAACACCCAGAUGAGAGUCAAACCAGCUGCUCCCCUCGUCCUAAAUGCCAAACCUCAAACUUCUCUCAGGCAGCCGAACCACAGAGGGCGAGGCGGAGGUAGAGGAGGAGGCGGUGGCCGAGGGGCUGGACAUGGAGACUUCAGACAGACAAGGGACAUGAAGGAUGGCCAGUCAGAGGGCAAGACUGGAGUGCAUCCGAAUAAGAUGUCCAAUCAGAACACACCCAACAGGAAAACAAAUCCACCACCAGAAAAGUCAGACAAGAGGAUGACUCUGCCGUCACGGUUUCAGAAGGAGGUGCAAGCUCACCUUUCCAGAAACCCCCAACAGACUAGUUCACCUAUGAAUCUUAAUGAGAGCCUCAGCCCAGGCAAAGGAAAACCCUAUAACCCUCAGCAGGUCCAGAGUCGCAUUAAGGAGGUCCUGGGGAAGUACAGUAAUGGGUUUUGGGUGUCCAAGUUGCCUCAGAUCUACAGAGAACUGUACAAACAGGACCUGCCCACAGAGGCCAUCAAAGACCUGGAAACAUGGACACACAUUUGUACUGUAGAGAAAACCUGCAGCAGCAACCCAUCAGAGCUGCUUCUUUACCCCGCCAAGGACAAGGCUGUGACAAAUCUUAACCCAAGUUCCACCACUGCCCCUACCCAGAGUUCAAACAGCCCCACAAAUAAACCCUUGCAGUCCCCUGCCCAGCAGAGACCUUCCAGCACCCAUCUGACACGCUCCAGUUCUCAUCCUCCUCAGUCUCCAACAUUGUCCUCCUCCUCCUCACCCAGCCCUCCAUCCUCUCCUACACCCCUUAGCCCUGACCUGAAAGUGAAACUGGAGGAGCUACUGAUAAAGUACUCCAAUGGACUUUGGGCCCAUGCGCUGCCAAAGCUCUUCCAGGACACCUACAAAACUAAACUGCCUGGACAUGUCCUAGAGAACCUUCACCUCCUCUCUGACUUCUGCACCAUCGACUACCCCAUGCCUGACAACCCAAAGAGGGCUAUCCUGUACAGGAGGAGCAGCAGUGGGGGUGGAGCAGGCGAGGAUGAGAACUGCAAUAGGAGGGACUCCACAACGAGUGAGGAAGAGCUGAAGUUGAGGCAGGAGCUGGGGAGGAGGCUCAGUAACCAUGCUGUACCAUCUCUGCAGAUUCCUAAAGAGGAAUAUCCCUCAGUGCUGGUGGUAGAGGCUACAAACACCAAUGGAGUUAUACUCAGGUAUAUUGGUGAAGGUUACUCCCAGGCCCAAGAGUCCAUGGAGGAUGAAAUGAGGGAGUUUUAUGGCUUAAACCAAAGUAGUCCCACUCCUUUGUCAGCUCCAUUGUCAGGCCAACUUGUCGCAGUCAGAGCAGAGGAGGAGGAGGAGAUUCUGAGAGCUCAAGUCUGUGAGGUUCUGGCUGAUAAGGUCAAGGUUUACUAUGUGGAUCAUGGCUUCUCAGAGGUGAUCAGCAAAGCCAAAGUGUUUGACCUGCAGGAGAAGUUUUUCAAAUUGCCUUUCCAGGCUACUAAGUGUAAACUGGCAGGCUUGGAGCCAUUCUGUCAGGAUCCUGGGGUGUUGAAGAAAUUUGAGACAAUGGCAAGUGGAAGAAUCCUGCUGGCGGAGAUCCUAGAGAGAGGGCAGAUCCCGCUAGUUGUUCUGUAUGACACUUCACAGGACGACGAUGUCAACAUCAAUGCUGCCUGUAUGAAGGCCCUGCAGGACAAGACACUAGCCAGCCCAUUACAGGUCAACAGUGCUUACAUGAAUGUGACUGUCAGCAGUGUGUGUUCAGAUGGGACCGUCUACUGUCAACUGCCCUCCAGAGGCCUCGCCAAGCUCAAUGAGAUACUGGAGAAAAUAGAGACGUACUUCCACUCACAGGUAACAUCAGAAUUCCUGGUUUCUAGGCCCUUCUGUGGAAAACGAUGCCUGGCACGAUACAAAAGCAAAUGGUCCCGUGUUGAGAUCACCAAUCUGCAUGGCAGCAGAGUGUUGGAUAUCCUGUUCAUUGAUGUGGGCGUUCAGGCUUCUGUGGAGGUGUUUGAACUCAGAGAAAUCCCUCCACCAUUCCUUCGUGACCUUAUGGCCAUCCCACCACAGGCUGUGAAGUGCUGUCUGGCAGACCUGGCUGUCAGUGUCGGAUCCUGGACUCCAGAAGCUGUCCAGUGGCUUCGAGAGAAAGUACUUAACAUCACUGACUGUAGUAUGAAGGUUGCCAAGGUGGAUGAUGCCAAGCGCUGCAUCUAUGUCCACCUGUUUACUGACAAGAACUUCCACGACCCGGCCCGAAGCCUCAACCAUCAGAUGGCCCAGUCUGACCUUUUCAAAACGCAGCCUGACGUCUUCCUGACAAGUCACAGUCCCACCAAGAUCUCUACACCCACUCUAUCCUCCAAGACAUCCAGCCCCAGUGACUCCACUAAUGGGAGUCCAACGUCAACUUCACUAUCAGCUAAGCCUCAUCUUAGGAGAGCUCUGUCAGGUCCCAGAGGAGGAGGAGGAGGAGGAGGAGGAGGAGGAGGAAGAGGAAACACAACUACCUCCACCCCGUCAGAGACACCUUCAUCCCCCUCAUCCUCGCUGAAUCUGCCACCGCUACUAGAGCUGUCCCCUCCAGGAGGCAACAUGGAUGUAUAUGUAUCAGUUGCGUGCCAUCCUGGUCACUUUGUGCUGCAGCCGUGGAGAGAUAUGUACAAACUGGUGGUGCUGAUGGGGGAGAUGAUUCUCUACUAUAAUAAAACUGAAGAGAAACCACUCAACAUAGAGAAGAAUCAAAUAUAUGCUGCCAAAGUGGAGAACAGCUGGCAUCGUGUCUUAGUGAAGGGAGUCCUGACCAAUGGACUGGUGUCUGUCUAUGAGUUGGACUACGGUAAACACGAGCUGGUCAGCUGCACACAGCUCCGGCCUCUUAUCAAGGAGUUUAGACAGCUGCCAUUCCAGGGGAUCACUGCCCAACUAGCCGGGGUUAAGCCGAGGCAGUGGUCAGAGGAAGCUUCCAUCGUUUUCAGGAACCAUGUGGAGAAGAAACCACUUGUGGCCCAGCUGGAGGCCAUCCAGGAAGCCACUAAUCCAUGGGACCGGAAGCUGACGGUGUUCCUGGUCGACACUUCGCAGGAAGAAAGGGACAUCUGGGUACAUGACAUCAUGGCUGAAUUUGCCGAUGAACUGACCAAUGAGCUGUAGACGAAGGUGAUGAGUCUCACCAGAGGAGCAGUUGUUGAAGACACUGAGUUGUGGACAAAAAUGAGAAAACUCAUAUAAAUAUCUAUAUUUUUCCACCUACCAUUUAGGAUGAGUUAAAGAAGGAAGGAAUGAAAAUGGAAAAGGGAAAAGGGAAAGUGAGAGAAGGUACCGAAUUUGUGGAAAUAGGUUUUGACAGUUUAUUUACAGGAGAGACAUUGGAAGGAGAUUGUGAUGUGAUUUUGAGUGACUGCAGUGUGAACAGUGGACAGUACAUCCAUGCAUGAUGUUGUGGUUCAGUCCAAACUUUACUCAGAUUUAAAAAAAAAAAAAAAAAAAAACACCUACAAUAUAACAAACUGCUGAAUCUAUGCGUAGUAGUUUCACAAGCUGCAGACAUGAUUGUGUAUUCUUAUACCAUCUGGUAUAAGCUUCAAUCCAAAGCAACUUCUUAAAGUAUCGUGAAUGCAUCCAGAUUUUAUAUCUAAUUUCAGGAAGCCUAAAUACCUUCAAACCUACCAAUGUGAGCAACAUGCAAAAUGCACACAAUGUUAAAUUGAACACAGUAAGGCUACAAAAAGUAGAAAUUAUGCAUUUGUUUACAAAGAAAACCUGCUUUUUACAUGGUAUGUUUGAUUGUAAUAAAGUUUACAAAAGUUAGAGGAAACAUUCCUAUAUAUGGAGAAGAAAUGGAUGAAACAAUAUGGAUAUAAAAUGAUCUGUUGAACUUACAAAGAAGCAAAUGUUAAUGGCCAAGUUAGAGGAAUAAACAGAAGUUAGAAGGGUUUGGAGGAGCCAUUCACUUGAUGUUUUUCUCCUUAUGAAUGUAGACAUGAGUGUUUUUGGUGGUUUUCUCUGGGCCUUUACGUUAUUGUAGAUGAGCACAUGGUUCAGAUUUCCCUCCGACUUUUAAGAACGAACGGGACAUUGAGCUGUGUUUCAUUGUCACAAAUCAUUCUAUGACCAAAUGUAAACAUUAUAGAUGUGAUCAGUGACCUAAAGAACAGUGGUACUUCUUGAUCCUAAUCCUGAUACUGUGAUUCCAUGGCGUCAUCCAUCUCUUCUCCACCUGUGAACAGCUGAUUCCAGUGUGACUUUGUGCUUUUUAGGGGGUUGAGUAUCUCUUAUUCUUCCGUUUCUUGUCUGAGACUUUGAUUUCAGCGGAUUCCAUGUGCUGCAUGUUGCACAUCUUCCCAAACUGUGUGAACAUAAAGUUUGGUGUUAUAAUAAUAAACCAGUUACGUUA